AUGUCUUGGGACGACGAAGCUAUCAACGGUUCUAUGGGUAACGAUGACGCUGCCUUGAUGAAUUCAUGGGAAGAUGAACUAAAUUUCAAUGAUGGUGAUGAACCUGUGUUGGAAUCAUGGGAUGCCAUAGAGGAGGAAAAACCAAAGCCAAAAAGUAAAGAAACCACUCCAAAGCCAAAGAGUAAUAAUAACAACAAGAAGGAUAAGAAAUCUACCGCUGACAAGGCUCUAUUAGAUAUUGACACACUCGACGAAAAGACUCGUAGAGAAUUAAUAAAGAAAGCUGAAUUAGAAUCUGAUUUAAACAAUGCUGCGGAUUUAUUUGGUGGAUUAGGUGUUGCAGAAGAACAUCCAAGAGAAAGAGCCGCGAGAAUGCAAAAAGAAAUGGAAGCUACAUUAGCUAAUUCUAAACCAAAAUUGACUAAAGAGACUCCAUUUGAAGAACAUCCACUAUUUGCACAAGCCGAGACUAAGAGUGAUUAUCAAGAUUUAAGAAAAGCUCUAGCUACGGCUAUCACUUCCAUGAAUAAUAAAUCAUCACUCAAUUACACUUCUUCAUUAGCCAUCGACUUAAUUAGAGAUGUUGCUAAGCCAAUGUCCGUCGAAUCAAUCAGACAAACUAUCGCUACAUUGAAUGUCUUAAUGAAAGAUAAGGAGAAGCAAGAGAGACAAGCCCGUUUGGCUAAAGUCAGGGGUGGUACUGCUACCGGUGGUGCAGGUAAGAAGAAAGCAAAGGGUAAAACUAAUUUAGGUGGUGCUUUUAAGAAAGACCAAGAUUUCGACUUUGAUAACAACACUUACGAUGAUUUCGGUGACGACGAUUUCAUGUAA